UCGGCUGAUUGUCUCACCAACCUCGGUACACAGCAACGGUUGUCCCGACAAGCGGCGGCGCGACUCGCCGCCCUGCCCCCUGCGUCCCUCUCACGGCCGGCCUCUAAAUACUACUCCUACAUCACCACGGCCGCCCCCCUGCAGUAGAUCCCGCAGGCAAGCCAGCGAGAUCGGCGCGUCGCGUGACUCCGCCCAACUAGUAAAGCAGCACAGAUGGUGGAGAUCCCGGUGGUCGACCUGCGGCUCGCCGGCGCGCAGCAGGAGGAGUCGGCGCGGCUGCGGGACGCGUGCGAGCGCCUGGGCUGCUUCCGCGUGUCCGGCCACGGCGUCCCCCGGGCGCUCCAGGCGGAGAUGAAGGCCGCCGUGCGCGCGCUCUUCGACCUCCCCGACGAAGCCAAGCGCCGCAACGCCGACAUCAUCGCCGGCAGCGGCUACGUCGCGCCCAGCCCCGCCAACCCGCUCUACGAGGCCUUCGGCCUCCUGGACGCCGCGGACCCCGCCGACGUCGACGCCUUCUGCGCGCGCCUCGACGCGCCGCCCCGCGCCAGGGAGACCGUCAAAAGCUACGCCGAGGCGAUGCACGAGCUGAUCGUGGACGUCGCCGGCAAGGUGGCCGCGAGCCUGGGGCUGGAGGGCCACCCGUUCCAGGACUGGCCGUGCCAGUUCCGCAUCAACAGGUACAACUACACGCAGGACACCGUGGGCUCCUCGGGCGUGCAGAUCCACACGGACUCCGGCUUCCUCACCGUGCUCCAGGAGGACGACUGCGUCGGCGGCCUCGAGGUGCUGGACCCCGCCACCGGCGAGUUCGUCCGCGUCGACCCCGUCCCCGGCUCCUUCCUCGUCAACAUCGGCGACGUCGGCACGGCGUGGAGCAACGGGAGGCUGCACACCGUGAAGCACCGGGUGCAGUGCGUGGCGGCGGUGCCGCGCAUCUCGAUCGCCAUGUUUCUGCUCGCGCCCAAGGACGACAGGGUGUGCGCGCCGGAGGCGUUCGUCGACACGCAGCACCCGCGCCGGUUCAAGGCGUUCAACUAUGAUGACUACAGGAAGCUCCGGCUGUCCACCGGCGAGCGCGCCGGCGAGGCGCUCGCUCGAAUGGCGGCCUGAGACGCGUGACGUAGCUAUUUGGCGGGGGCUCUGCCUGUUGGCUCGAGAGUGUAACUCUGAGCUUUUCAGAGAGAGCUAACCUUCAGUCGAUUAUUGACAGUUGAACCAAGUGAGGCUGUGAAUUGUCGUUGUUUUCAUCGAUCAAUAAAAUCUUGUACGAAUUGCAAAAGUGAAAACUGCAAAAAGUGCAAACACGACGGCAAUCUUUUUUUAUUUUUAUUUUUUUCAGCCAAUUAUUAUUCUUAGAGCAACUAGUGGUCAUGUGGGCAGCCCACCAUGUGUUUUGAAGGUUGCACGCAAGCAAAUACCAAGUCAUCGUUAUUUGCAAUCA